GGGUAAUUUCGUUAAAUCAUCACAGUGAAUCACCAUGACUCCUAAAGAACAAGGUGGUAAAGUUAAGCAAGUGAGAAAUAAAAAGCUUCUUCCGGAUCUGAGGAAGGAGGGCGUGCUCACGAAAGAAAUAAUCCUUGCUACAAAAGAAAAGCACCAAGGUUCGGCUGGAUAUCGGCUGUUCUCUCACCACACACUCGCUAGUGUAAGAAGAAUGAGCUACUUCCACCCGUUCCACAUACCUGACGACAGUCUAGACAUAGUGCUAGCGGCCACAUACAACCACUCGACGGAACGUUUCGCAGACAAGGAGGACCUAUACCUCCAGCCAGAGACCAUCGGCUGCGAAACCUGGCGCAGGCUGAGGAACACGUGCGAUAAGCGCACUGCUGUUGUUCUAGAUCACCCGCUAAAACGCGGCGGGCUGACCGAGCGGCGGUCGCCAUUCAGCGUGAAGAUCAUGAACUCCGGUGUACACUCGUCGCAGACCAACCCCGGCUACAGCCGCAAACCGGCCGGCGGCGCCAUUUUCUUCUACUAAUAAGCAUAAAUAAAAAAGUUG